AUGUUCUUUUACCACGUAUUGGAAUUUGGCUUAAAAUACUUCCUAAAAGCAGAUAAAAAUGUCCAGGAGAAUGGACAUCCUUAUGCUUUUACACAUUCUAACUCAUCAGAAUGCAGAGCGUCGAGCGUUAUUCCGUUAGUUGUCGUUGGUUACAAAUGCCUAACAGGUGAUUCACAUGCUCCUUCACGAAGAUUUUUGCUCAGAUUUGUUCAAAUUGCUGUCGAAGGCAAUGUUGGUAGUGGUAAAACGACAUUUCUUCGCUAUUUUGAGAGCCUUUCUCCAAACGUAGAAGUUUUUCCUGAGCCUAUUGAUCAGUGGAAUAAUAAUGAAAAAAGGAUAAUUUUUAUAUUACAUUUGCAUGAUCGAGGCGUUCGUUUAGAAGUAAAAAAUGCACUUAUCCUUAUUCGAGGAAUAGCUUAUUUCAUUCUUUCUGUUUCAAACUCAGGCAAUCCCUUGGUUAAUGAUUUGAGGAAAUACAGUUAUCGUAAACUAGUAGAAGCCACAUGUCACACAUCUGUGACAUUGGAUGGAAGCAGGAAAAUCUGA